GUGUCACUGAGCUCUGCAGGGGAGGCGGCCUCUUUCGCGGAGCCACUUCCGGGGUCUUCAUGCAGCCAUGGAUCUGGAUAAACCCUCCGUCUGGGGCUCCUUCAAACAGCGGACCAGGCCUUUGCUGCUCAACCUGAGCAAAAAGAAGGUGAAGAAGCACCCCGACAAACCCCCAGACUUAGGGGGGCGGCAUCGCCUGGAUCGCCGCCUCAGCCUCUCGGUCCCUGACCUCCUGGAGGCCCAGGCCUUGGCCCCGGAGGGUGGGCCGUACUCCGGGGCCCAGUCGUCCUAUACCUCUGUGCCCAGCAGCCUGUCCACGGCAGGGAUCGUGUCCAAGAGCUGCAGCAGCUCCUUGAAACAGUUGGAAGAAGAGCUGGACUGGAGCCAGGAAGAGGCAGGCCACCUGCAUGCGGCGGAUACGGACUCUGAGGAGACCUUCGCCUCGCCGGCCGCGGACAGGAGGGCUUCCAGCAAUGGCGUCUUUGAUCUGCUCCAGAAGGCGCCCCCGGAAGAGGAUGCUCCGGAGGAUCCAGAGAAGCUCUGUGGAAGUGGCGAUCUCAAUGCGUCUACGACGUCCCAACAGUUUGAAGAACAGUCUACCCUCGGGGAAGCCAGCGACGGCGUGAGCAACCUGCCCAGCCCCUUUGCCUACCUCCUCACCAUCCACCUAAAGGAGGGCCGGAACCUGGUCAUCCGGGACCGCUGCGGCACCAGCGAUCCCUACGUGAAAUUUAAGCUGAACGGGAAGACGCUGUACAAAAGCAAAGUCAUAUAUAAGAACUUGAACCCGGUCUGGGAUGAGAUCGUUGUCUUGCCAAUCCAAAGCCUUGAUCAGAAGCUCCGUGUGAAGGUAUAUGAUCGAGAUUUAACUACGUCUGAUUUCAUGGGCUCUGCGUUUGUCGUCCUCAGCGAACUUGAGCUGAACAGAACGACCGAACAUAUUUUAAAAUUGGAAGACCCAAACAGUUUAGAAGACGACAUGGGAGUGAUUGUGUUAAACCUGAAUCUCGUUGUAAAACAGGGUGACUUUAAGCGACAUCGUUGGUCGAAUCGGAAGCGGAUAAGCGGAGGCAAGUCCUCGUUGAUCCGCAACCUCCGGCUCUCAGAGGCCUUGAGGAAGAACCAGCUCUGGAACGGCAUCAUAAGCAUCGCGUUGCUGGAAGGAAAGAACGUGCCGGUGGGAAACGUGGCAGAGAUGUUCGUCCUGUUAAAACUGGGGGAUCAGAGGUACAAAAGCAAGACACUGUGUAAGAGUGCACAUCCGCAGUGGCGGGAAGAGUUUGACUUUCACUACUUCUCUGACAGGAUGGGCAUCUUGGACAUUGAGGUCUGGGGAAAGGACGGCAAAAAGCACGAGGAGCGACUGGGCACAUGUAAAGUGGACAUCGCCUCGCUCCCACUCAAGCAAGCCAACUGCUUGGAGCUGCCCCUGGACAGCUGCCUGGGCGCCCUCCUGGUGCUGAUCACGCUGACGCCCUGCGGGGGGGUCUCCGUGUCCGACCCGUGUGUGUGCCCCUUGGCGGACCCCAGCGAGAGGAAGCAGAUCAGCCAGCGCUAUUGCUUGCAGAACUCCCUGAAAGACAUGAAGGACAUCGGCAUUUUACAAGUGAAGGUUUUAAAGGCUGUGGACCUCUUAGCUGCUGAUUUCUCAGGCAAGAGCGACCCGUUCUGCUUGUUGGAGUUGGGCAACGACCGGCUGCAGACGCACACCAUCUACAAGACCCUCAACCCCGAGUGGAACAAAGUUUUCACGUUCCGUGUUAAAGACGUCCACGAUGCUUUGGAAGUGACAGUGUUUGAUGAGGACGGUGACAAACCCCCCGAUUUCCUUGGAAAAGUCUCCAUUCCCUUGCUGUCCAUUCGAGAUGGACAAACGAAUUGCUACGUAUUGAAGAAUAAAGAUUUAGAACAAGCUUUUAAAGGAGUUAUUUACUUGGAGAUGGACCUCAUCUAUAAUCCGGUCAAAGCCAGUAUCAGGACCUUUACGCCCAGGGAAAAGCGCUUUGUGGAAGACAGCCGCAAGCUGUCCAAAAAGAUCUUAUCCAGAGAUGUGGACCGCGUGAAAAGGAUCACCAUGGCGAUAUGGAAUACACUCCAGUUCCUGAAAAGCUGCUUCCAGUGGGAGUCCACGCUGAGGAGCGCCAUCGCGUUUGUGGUGUUCCUGGUCACAGUGUGGAAUUUUGAACUGUACAUGAUCCCCCUGGCCUUGCUGCUACUCUUUGCCUAUAAUUUCAUCGAACCCACGAAGGGGAAGGCGGGCAGCACCCACGACUCCCAGGAGAGCACGGAAGCCGAUGACGAGGAGGAUGAAGAUGACAAGGAAUCCGAGAAGAAGGGCAUCAUCGAAAGAAUCUACAUGGUACAGGACAUCGUUGCCACAGUUCAGAACAUCUUGGAGGAAGUAGCUUCCUUUGGAGAAAGAAUUAAAAACACGUUUAACUGGACGGUGCCGUUCCUUUCAUUCCUGGCCUGUGUGAUGCUGGCGGUCGCCACCAUCAUGUUGUACUUCGUUCCACUUCGGUACAUCGUGUUAAUCUGGGGCAUCAAUAAAUUUACUAAGAAGUUCCGAAAUCCCUAUGCCAUCGACAAUAACGAGCUACUAGACUUCCUCUCCAGGGUACCGUCUGAUGUUCAAAAGGUGCAGUACGCGGAGCUGAGGCCCUGCAGCAGCCAGAGCCCCCUUCGCAAGAAGCGCAGUGGGCCCUAGGACUCACGCCGCCCGUGGCCGCCAGCACCCCGUUCUGGGUUUGGGCGAUGGGGCCCAGGGUAUGGCUCUCUCCGUGGCACCGCGGUCAGUGCCGUUCGGACACACGUGUCGUGCGGUGCCCUGUCUGUUGUCUCCCCCCUUCUUCAAGCGCACAGAUGCACACACGCACACGGGGAUGUGCACACGCGUGGAUGUCCUAGCGGCACAGCCGGCCAGCCCAGCAGGAGGAGGCGAUCCGGGGACUGAAAGACUCACAUCCCUUCUUAUAGAGGAGAGAAAGCCAGGCUGCCGCGGGGCUGAACAGCCAGGAGACCCCUUGCAUUCGAGAGGGACUUUGAACUUGUGCUCAUACCUCCAGCGGCCGGUUCUCAGGAGGAUUCCCUCAUUUUCACUCCCCACCCCCCACACUCCUUUCCCAUGAUGCUUCCUGUGAGUCCGUUGUUGUUGUUUUUUCCCCCUCUGAGCUAACAAGUCUUUGAUAGAUAUCCUCUACCCAAGGAACGCAUCUUAUCAAUAGACUAGAGGCCCGAUGCAUGAAAUCUGUGCAAGAGUAGGCCUUCCCAGCUGUGGCAGCUGCCUCGAUCCCUCCCUCACAGCCGAGGCGGCUGCAGCCCCAGCUUGGUCCGGAAGGAUGUCCAGUCUAAUUAGCAUAUUAUGCUUUUAUUAUUAUAAAUUAUUAUAGAUUUUUCAGUAAUGAUCAGGAUUAGCCCCGAUCCUUGGGGAAGCGUUCAGCCGUGAUUCCUGAAGAUCUACAUGUCAAAUCUCAGUCAAGUCCUCGGCGCUGGGAGCCAUCCUGCAUCGGGGCCCGUUGCUGGCAAUGGGUGCCGGGAGGGUCGAAAGGGAGCACUCGUCCCAAAAGUGAAGGGUUCCUGGAAGUAUCCGGGUGUCUUAAAGCACCAUUUCUUCCGAUUGUACUUUGUGCUUAUUUCCAAACUAAAAUGUCCACGUGAUGGCUUCAGGAAAGGGGAGGGAAUGAAUGAAAGAAGGAAGGAAAGGAAUGAAUGAACUCAGAGAGUACUUAGGUCAAGGCCCGGGAGCAAGGGAUGAAUACAUGUGGGUGCAUACGCGGUGGCCAUCAUCGCUUCAUUUGCUCGCAUUUUUGAGCAGAAAGUGAAGAUAUUUUAGCAGCCCCAGCUGAUCAUUCGUUCCUCGUAUGGGUACAAUAAGUUACCCGUAAUAAUAAUAUUAUCUCACAGCCCUAUUCCUAGAAAAGUACCACUUCCGUCAAGAGUCAAGAGUCCCCGAUUCCUGCCGGCCCAGCAUUUCACAGUAACCUCCCCUCGUAAAAGUUCCAAUUUUGUGCACAUAAAUGAUAUGAAAAUUUCUUCUCAAGCGACAUGUAAGUUGUAAAGACUGUAUUUUGUCCACACAUACUUUGUAUGUGCCGUUAUAUAUAUAUAUGUAUAUGUAAUAUAUAUAUAUUGUAAAGGAAAUUUGAGGGGGAAAAAGAUCUGAUUUAAUAGUGAGUUUUACUAUGGUGUUCCCCCCCCCCCCAUCCUCCCUCUCUGGGUUGUAAUUUAAUAAUCUUCAAACAAAAUGUUUAUGAAACAUGCCAAAGAUUCUAAACCUUAUCAUC